AUGAGAUGUAUAGGAUUGAAUGUUCAUAAAGUGCUAAUCAGCGCCAGUACUGUAUCAUUACCAGAAGAUCAUCCGGAAGAAGAGGAAGAGUGUAAUAUCUCACGUGAUCAAAAGUAUAGGAUCGAUGAAUACGCAAGCUUACAACAAUUAGAUUGUGGAUCGGUAAAACCGGAAAUAUUGCGACGUGUACGACCAAAUUUUGCUGAUGACGUAUACGGCUCAAACGUCUUGAAACUUAAUAACGAACAUAUAGAGCGCGUGGAAAAUGAUACUGUAGAAAAUCGAACGGACAUUUGCGAAUCAGCGCUUGCACAGAGACGUUCGGCACAAUUGCCGAAACUCAAAAAAAUAUCAAGCAAACCAAGACCAUUAAGCAAUGAUUUUUCGACGCGAAAUGAAAUGAAUGAUUUUGAAUUUGUUUACUCCGAUUGUGAUACACAUGCAGCAGAACUGGCUGAGCUGUACACCUAUAGCGAAUUAGAAGAUUGGGCACUGAACAUGCAUGCUUACCGUGAUUUUGUAGAAUCUAAAAAGUUCGAUUAUAAAUGGUCAAAGCUUACGGAAAAUCAGCAAAAGAAUGUUCUGUUGAAUUUGCUGGAAGAGUUGGAACGAGUCGAACCAAGCAUACGAUUAAAUGCUGCACGAUCCAUACUUUAUAUAUUGCAGGGUGCUUAUAUGGAUUUUGUCGAUGACAGAGAUAUCACUAUUGAUGGCGCCUUCAAGGGUAAUAAUGAAAGAGAAGCUGACAAUGAUUUAGGAAUACGGUACUGCAAAGAAAAGUGUCUAGCAGAGGGAGUUUUCAAUGCCUAUAAAGUAUAUGAAGCUGGAGCUUAUCAGGCGUUAUGUAAGCUGCUUUUGACUGAAAUCCGUGAUAUUUGGGAUGGUGGACCAGUUGGAGCUCAGUCUAGUCGUUCAUCUUCGGUAUCAAACAGCCGCUCAGCAUCCAACGCUGAUCUUUCAGAGAGUGUUGUGGAAAGGAGGAGUAAUCGGCGAAGUGCUACGAUGGCUGAUAACGAAGCAUUGCGUGUAGCAUUAAGUGCAUUAUAUCAUAUGGUCGAGUCAAUACGACGAUUAGAUUUAUUUGAACUCGUUGUUCCCGUAGAUAAGAAAUCUCGAUACGCUGCACUAAGAAAAGAUUUUAUUGUAGAAAUUGGUCAGUUUGCUAUGAUUUUUUUAAGAAGUGAUCGAGGGCGCUGA